AUGAUCCUGCCAGCGAGAGCCAUGUCACCGCCGCACGGCGCAUACUCGCCCCACGAGGAGGAACCGGUCUCCAGGACCUACCAGUAUCGGAAGGUCAUGAAGCCGAUGCUCGAGAGGAAGAGGCGGGCGCGCAUCAACCGCUGUCUCGACGAGCUCAAAGACCUAAUGGUCACCGCACUGCAGGCGGAAGGAGAGAAUGUAUCGAAACUGGAAAAGGCCGACAUCCUAGAGCUGACCGUGCGGCACCUGCACAGCCUAAAGCGCCGGGGCCAGUUAGUGCUGAAGCCGGAGAUGUCGUACGCGGAGCGUUUUAGGGCCGGAUUCACCCAGUGCGCAACGGAGGUGUCGCAGUUCAUCGCGAACGCCACGUUAGCGGCGAACGCGAUGCAGAGGCAGGGGCCCGUGGACCCGCAGGCGGGGGCCAGGCUUCUGCAGCACCUCACCAGCUGCAUACGGAGGCUGGAGGGUCCAGCGCAGCCGCAGCCGAUCGCCCCGAAAGUCGCGAGGCCCACACCGCUGCAGGCGAUCGCACCCGCUCCGGCGCCUCUGCAGCCCCCGCAGAGGCCGGACCCGAGAGGCGCGAAGAGGCCGGCGGAGGCGCAAGCGGACCUAGAGGUGAACCCGAAGAGGCCGUACGCGCCGCCCUCACCGCCCCACAGCCCCGCCUCCGAAACAGACCCCGCCCAGUCGAUGUGGAGGCCCUGG